AUAAUUUUGUCGUUGGGUACUUCUAGCCGUCCCAAUAAAACUGAUUUUAACCGAAAUUUUAAAAUGUCGAGUAAUGGUGUUGUGUACCUUGUGAUAUUAGUUGUGUUUCAAUUGAGUCUAGGAAGAUGCGAAAAUCCUAAUAAAUGCAAUACGGAUUUGAAACUCGAUACAUAUAUUAGUAAUAAUAAUAUAAAUUCCUCUUGCGAGUGUCAAGAAUCCAGACGUGUACCAAAGAUCAUUCAGUGGUCCAAAGAGAAAUAUAAAUGUUCUGCGUUGGAGAAUAUUAACAGUGACGAUUUCCUUAUAUUUACUGUGGCCACAAAUGAGACUGAAGGAUUCAAGAGAUUUACCAGAUCCGUCCGAGCAAAUGGACUUGUUGAUAAUUUGAAAGUACUUGGACUUGGAAAGACUUGGAAGGGUGGAGACGUAAAGAAAUUUGCUGGAGGAGGUCAGAAAAUCAAUUUAUUCAAGGAAGCACUGGAGGAGUACAAGGAUGAUACAGAGAGGAUAGUAUUAUUUACAGAUAGUUAUGAUGUCAUCUUUAUUGGAUCUGGAGAACUGAUUAUUGAUAAAUUCUUAAGUUUUGAUGCACGAGUAUUAUUUUCUGCAGAAGGUUACUGUUGGCCUGACAAGUCAUUGGCUUCUAAAUAUCCUGAGACGAAUAGAGGCAAACGCUAUUUAAAUUCUGGAGGGUUUAUUGGAUAUGCUUCAGAUGUUUAUGCUAUAGUAUCUAGUUCAGAUAUUAAAGAUCAAGAUGACGACCAGUUGUUUUAUACGAAGAUUUAUUUGGAUGAUGAACUCAGAAAGAAAUAUAAUAUUAAGCUUGAUCACAAGGCUGAGAUUUUUCAGAAUCUCAAUGGAGCCGUAGGCGACGUGGAGCUGAGAUUUAAAGGAAAUGAUGCUUACAUCCAAAACACCGCUUACAAUACCGUUCCCUUAAUUGUUCAUGGAAAUGGAGCCAGUAAGCUCGUUCUGAAUUCUUUGGGAAAUUACUUGGCUCAGGCUUGGAACUUGGAAGAAGGAUGCUUGAACUGUUGGGAUGAUACAAUCGAGUUACAGAAAGAUCAACCAGAAACCUAUCCCGUUCUUUUAAUUGCUGUAUUUAUAGAAAAACCGACACCAUUUAUGGAAGAAUUUUUCGAGCGAAUCUAUGCUCAAGCCUAUCCGAAAUCUAAGUUGCAUCUAUUUCUUCGUAACAAUGUACCAUAUCAUGAGAAGAUAGUGGAGAUGUUCGUUAAAGAACAUGGAGAUGAAUAUAAGAGUCUUAAGCAGAUAAAACCUGAUGACAAUAUCAACGAAGUGACUGCCAAAGAUUUGUCAAUAGAUUACUGUUUGCAGAAGAAGUGUUCUGGAUACUUCUUAAUCGACUCAGAAGCUCAUUUGGACAAUGUCCAUACCUUCAAGCUGUUGGUUGAGCAACAAAGAGGGAUAGUUGCACCCUUAUUGGUCAGGCCAUUCAAAGCUUGGAGUAAUUUCUGGGGUGCCAUUACCGAUGACGGCUUCUACGCACGCAGCUCGGACUAUAUGCAAAUUAUUAACAACGACCGCAGGGGAUUAUGGAACGUACCGUUUGUUAGCAAUUGUUACCUCAUUAAUGCCACUCUAAUUAAUAACAAAGCUACUCGUCCAGUCUACGCUUUCGGAGAUUUGGAUACCGAUAUGGCAUUUGCGCAGGCUAAUAGAGAAAGAGACAUUUUUAUGUAUGUCAGCAACAGACUCGAAUUCGGACACUUGGUCAGUCCGGAUAAUUAUGAUAUCAAGUUAACGAACCCUGAUAUAUAUCAGAUAUUUGAUAAUAAACUUGAUUGGCAGAGGAGGUACAUUCAUGAAAAUUAUACAGAGAACUUCAAUCCGAAUCACACGCACAUUCAACCGUGUCCUGAUGUAUAUUGGUUCCCAAUCGUCACCGAUAGAUUCGCAGAAGAAUUAAUACAAGUCAUGGAAGCUUUUGGAAAAUGGUCAGACGGUACCAAUACUGACCCGAGACUCGAAGGCGGCUACGAAGCCGUUCCUACGCGUGACAUUCAUAUGACCCAAGUUGGCUUCGACGAGCAUUGGUUAGAAUUUCUUAAAGAAUAUGUCAACCCGUUGCAGCAAAGUGCAUAUGAGGGAUACAUUGAUUAUCCUCCGCGCUCCCUCAUGAAUUUUGUUGUUCGGUAUCGUCCUGACGAGCAGCCAUCUUUGAAACCUCAUCAUGACAGUUCAACUUAUACGAUAAAUAUUGCCUUGAACAGAGCAGGAAUUGAUUACGAAGGCGGUGGAUGCAGAUUUAUACGAUACGAUUGUUCUGUUACCGAUACUAAGCGUGGAUGGAUGUUGAUGCAUCCUGGAAGAUUAACGCAUUAUCAUGAAGGAUUAAGGGUUACUAAAGGCACACGAUAUAUCAUGAUUUCCUUUGUGGACCCGUAAGAUGAUAUCAUUUUAGACAGACGAGCACUGGAAUUUAAGGUUUGAUCUAAGAAUGUAGAUCUGAAAGCCGUGUGUUCAACGUCUGAUUAUCGCACAAUGCCAAUGAAAAGUUAUCGUGUUAUCAUGUACUAUUAGCUACUAAAUUAAUACUCUGAGAAAUGUAAUAGUAAAGGAUGUGCAAGUUUUUGUACGUAGGUAAUAAUGAAUCAGAUAAAGUAACUGGAAUGGAUACGUAUUCACUUGCCAAUAUGUUAUUUUUAUAUUCACAAUGCAUUUUCUAAAGACUAUAAGUCUAUCUACUUACUGCAUUCCUAGUUGUAUCAGCAGGUAAAUGAUAAUUGUAAAUAUGUAAAAGAGAUUAUUAAAAGUGAAACCCUGUUCUGAAAA